CGCACGACGCAAGCAGCCAACGCGAGAUUCAGAUACUCCCGUAAUACGCGAACGCGAGACGAUUGAUCCUCGAUCGGUUUCUUUUCGAUCAGAUCAGCGGUGCUACAUGGCGCACGGGCAGGAGUCUUCGACGGAGGCCGCCGCCGGUGGGGAUGCGCCACUGUGCGCGAACGGCUGCGGGUUCUACGGGAGCGAGGCGACCAAGAACAUGUGCUCAAAGUGCUACCGCGACCACCUCAAGGCCGGAGAUGUGGCUGCCCCCGCCAUCGAAGGGAAGCUCACGUUCGACGACCUCAUCCUCGCUUUCAAGAAGUCGGUGAGCCUGCAGGACUCUACCGCUGGACCGGGGGCCGAUGCGCCAGCGAAGAAGUCGGCGCCAACCAGGUGCAUGGCGUGCAAGAAGAAGGUGGGGCUGCUGGGGUUCGCUUGCCGUUGCGGUGGCACCUUCUGCUCGCUGCACCGCUACGUCGACGGGCACGCGUGCAGCUUCGACUACAAGAAGGUCGGCCGUGAGCAGAUCGCGCAGCAGAACCCUCUCGUCGCGCCGUCCAAGCUCCGCAACAAGAUUUGAAGGCAGGAGGAGUUGAAAAACAUCUGUGCAGUUGUAGUUUACUCAUUGGCUUCACUGUCUCUCCUACUUGAUCUUUCAAGCACUAGCUCCAUAAGUUGAAGAGGAGCGACCUCGAUCUUACUUGUUCAUAGUGGCCUAUUACUGUGUACCAUCAUGUUAUUCCAUUAGUCAUCCAUGUAUAUAUCUUGUUCCUUCGUUUUC